CCGGCUGGUCCCCGCUCACGGCCGCUUUCCCUUCCUUCUCUCCUCUCCGCAGAGCACCCCCGCCCCGUCUCCCGGAGCCCGCCCCGGCAGAGCGCUCCGGAGGUGCCAGCAACCGCCAGGAUUUUUGUCUGUCUUGUUUGUGUGUUUGUUGGGUUUUGGUUUUGUUUUUGUUUUUCUUUUUUUUUUUCCCCUCGUUUUCAUUUGGCUUUCUAGUCUUGCUGGGAAUGGCAGGGGCAGCGGCGCCUGGAGAAGGAACAAGUGUGGAGAAAGGGAGAGGGAGCCGGAGCUAAAUGACAGGAUGCGGGCGACUUGAGGCACAGAAAGAAGCCAGCUUCCCUCUGCCCCCGGGACUGCCCUUGCGGACCGCGCUUUCUGCUCCUGACUCCGGCCGGAGGAUUUAAGACCUAGGAAGAGUUGUGCUUGGAGGGCGUUUAUUUUUUUUAUUAUUUUUUUUUUUUCCUCCUUUCCCUGCUGUCGGAAGGGAAAAUGGAUUGGGGACUUCUCCUGCACUGUGCAGCCCUCACCUUCACCCUCGCCAGGGCUCUGCGAAGCGAUAAAUGCGGCGACACGAUCAAAAUUUUAAACCCCGGGUACCUCACGUCUCCCGGCUACCCGCAGUCCUACCACCCCAGCCAAAAAUGCGAGUGGCUGAUCCAGGCGCCGGAGCCGUACCAGAGGAUCAUGAUCAACUUCAACCCCCACUUCGACCUGGAGGACCGCGACUGCAAGUAUGAUUAUGUUGAAGUGAUUGAUGGAGAUAAUGCUGAAGGACGCUUAUGGGGAAAGUACUGUGGAAAAAUUGCUCCCCCUCCUUUAGUGUCUUCGGGGCCAUAUCUUUUUAUUAAAUUUGUUUCCGACUAUGAGACACAUGGAGCAGGAUUUUCUAUCCGUUAUGAAGUUUUCAAAAGAGGACCUGAAUGUUCCAGAAACUUUACUGCAUCAAGUGGAGUGAUAAAGUCCCCCGGAUUCCCUGAAAAAUAUCCCAAUAGCCUUGAAUGCACUUAUAUUAUCUUUGCACCAAAGAUGUCAGAGAUUAUACUGGAAUUUGAAAGCUUUGAGCUAGAACCUGAUUCAAAUACUCCAGGGGGAGCAUUCUGUCGCUACGACCGGUUGGAAAUCUGGGAUGGAUUCCCUGAUGUUGGCCCGCACAUAGGGCGUUAUUGUGGGCAGAACAACCCAGGACGUGUCCGGUCUUCAACAGGGAUCCUUUCAAUGGUAUUUUACACUGACAGUGCAAUAGCAAAAGAGGGAUUCUCAGCAAACUACAGUGUGUCGCAGAGCAGUGUAUCAGAAGAUUUCCAGUGCAUGGAACCACUGGGCAUGGAGUCAGGAGAAAUUCACUCUGAUCAAAUAACUGUCUCCUCCCAGUACAGCGCUAUCUGGUCUUCAGAAAGGUCCCGGCUAAAUUACCCUGAGAAUGGAUGGACCCCAGGGGAAGAUUCUAUCAGAGAAUGGAUACAGGUAGAUCUAGGCCUUCUCCGCUUUGUUUCUGGAAUUGGGACCCAAGGAGCCAUUUCAAAAGAAACAAAGAAAGAAUAUUAUCUGAAAACAUACCGCGUAGAUGUCAGCUCCAAUGGAGAGGACUGGAUUACACUGAAGGAGGGAAACAAGCCUGUUGUGUUUCAAGGGAAUAGCAAUCCCACUGAGGUUGUUUACAGACCUUUUGCCAAACCAGUUUUAACACGGUUUGUGCGAAUUAGACCUGUGUCUUGGGAAAAUGGAGUAUCACUGAGAUUUGAAGUUUAUGGCUGCAAGAUAACAGAUUAUCCUUGCUCUGGGAUGCUGGGUAUGGUGUCUGGGCUCAUUCCUGACUCUCAGAUUACUGCAUCUACUCAAGUUGAUCGAAACUGGAUUCCAGAAAAUGCUCGCCUCAUAACAAGCCGUUCAGGUUGGGCGCUGCCACCAACUACUCAUCCAUAUACAAACGAAUGGCUUCAGAUAGACCUUGGUGAAGAAAAGAAAGUGAGGGGCAUAAUUGUCCAAGGAGGCAAGCACCGAGAAAACAAAGUAUUCAUGAAAAAAUUCAAAAUUGGCUACAGCAACAAUGGAUCAGAUUGGAAAAUGAUCAUGGAUUCCAGCAAGAAAAAGAUAAAGACUUUUGAAGGCAACACCAACUAUGACACGCCUGAACUGCGGACUUUUGAACCUGUAUCGACAAGAUUCAUCCGCGUCUACCCUGAGAGAGCCACACACGGAGGACUGGGGCUGCGAAUGGAGCUGCUGGGCUGUGAACUCGAAGCUCCUACCGCUGUCCCUACUGUUUCCGAAGGCAAACCCGUGGAUGAGUGUGAUGAUGACCAGGCAAACUGUCACAGUGGCACAGGUGAUGACUACCAACUGACAGGUGGUACUACAGUGCUGAAUACAGAAAAGCCAACAGUAAUAGACAAUACAUUACAACCAGAGCUGCCACUAUACAACUUCAACUGUGCCUUUGGCUGGGGAUCCCAGAAGACUUUGUGCCACUGGGAGCACGACAACCAGGUGGAUUUAAAGUGGGCAAUCCUGACCAGCAAAACUGGGCCGAUUCAAGACCAUACAGUAGGAGAUGGCAAUUUCAUUUAUUCGCAAGCUGACGAAAGCCAGAAAGGGAAAGUUGCCCGACUGCUGAGCCCCGUGAUUUACUCGCAGAACUCUGCCCACUGCAUGACUUUCUGGUACCACAUGUCUGGUGCACACGUUGGCACCCUGAAGAUCAAACUGCGGUACCAAAAGCCAGAUGAAUAUGACCAGGUGCUGUGGACCCUGAGUGGGCACCAGGCAAACUGCUGGAAGGAAGGACGUGUUCUUCUUCACAAGUCUGUGAAACACUAUCAGGUGGUUAUUGAGGGAGAAAUUGGAAAAGGAACUGGAGGAAUUGCCGUGGAUGAUAUUAAAAUUGACAAUCAUGUAGCACAAGAGGAUUGCCGAAAAUCAACUGAUGUGGAGAAUGAAAUAGAUGAAGAAGAAGACCCAGAAAGUAAUCAAACAGGGUUUACACCUCCAUACCAUACAGGCGAGGACUACGAUGAUAACAUCUCCAGGAAACCAGGCAAUGUCCUGAAGACCCUAGAUCCAAUCCUUAUUACCAUCAUAGCCAUGAGUGCACUCGGGGUGCUUUUAGGAGCCAUCUGUGGAGUUGUCCUGUACUGUGCCUGUUGGCACAAUGGGAUGUCAGAGAGGAACUUGUCUGCACUGGAGAAUUACAAUUUUGAACUGGUCGAUGGUGUGAAACUGAAAAAAGAUAAACUAAACACACAGAAUUCAUACUCGGAAGCAUGAAGGUAUAAAGCAACUAGAGAAGUUUCAGAGAAUCGGGAUGGAAGGACAUAGCUCGGUCAUGCUGGGGAACUGUUGAUCUUCUUUUACUGUACAGGCUGAAAAGUGCAUUGAUGACACUGAGCCAAGCUUUUCUCAGGAGCUUCAAUGAGUGUGUAACCGAUAAACAUGGACAACAAUCUGUGUUAACAAUCUGAAUCAUGUACAGUCUGCUUUUUCUGUUGGUUUUGUUUGAAAUAAUCAAAUGCUGGUGUUGAGACCAAGUAUGAUUGACUUAUAGUUCAUUUUGUCUUUCUUUCUCUCCCUCUCUCUUGUUUUCUGUUAAUGGAUAAUUUGGGUUUUACUGUGCAAAAUCCAAGAUGCUGUCACAAAAUGUAUUCAGUGGGGUCCUUUGGAUGGACAUGCUGUCUGUAGCUCAGUGCCCAGAAAAUAUUGGAGUAACAGCAAUUUAGUGGACUCCUGCACCUGUAUUUGUGUAUAAUUGCUCGUGUUGUGCAUAGGCAAAGAAGGGUUAGGAUGUUUUUGAAAGUACUGCUGCAUCAGUACCGAUAUAGUGUGUCAGCUCUGUUUACGAAGCAAUACAGUCAAAUUUUAUUGAUGUUUUUCAGUGUUGUACUAAAUUUUGUGCUUGUGAAUGCCAUAAAAGAGUAUGUGCCAUCAUCAGACACAACUGGUAACCAAGUGUACUGCCUAAAAACUAAACAAAAAAAGUCCUUGGCACUGGCUAGUGUAUGUCCUCUCAAGUGCCUUUUUGUUUGUACUGCUUCUCAUUGUGUUAACAUUAACUACAGCUCUGCUUCUCUGCAGUUAUGCCCUUGUCUUUAAUCAUAUUCUAAUGGCUCACUGACUAAAAGAAAAGUAUAUUUUAGUGUAAGAAAGUAGCCUCAGCAAGACAAGGGCUAAUCAGAUUUGACAACCUGGCUCGAUUGUUCUGCUUUCUGUAUUUCAACUUCAUGUCUCUUGACCCUUUUGUAUAAAGCUGCAAUAUCCCCUUUUAUUGUUCUUUCAUAUAGAAUGUAUUUUCAAAUGUAAAAUCUCUCUCCCUUUCUCUUCUCUUUCUCUCUCUUUUUCUCUUUCUGAGUAGAUUGCAUAAGCAUUUGCCAUUGCCAAGGAAAGAAAACUGCAGCUUUAACUUGCUGGUAAUGGCAAAGGAUUUUAUUAGAGUUUGUGUUAAAAAAUAAGGGAAAAUUCUUAACUUUACCCUCCAAAGUCGAACUUUGGGUUUCUUCUUAACAGCAUAAAGUGACAGUAUCUUUUUUCCUGAAGUCGUGAAAUAUGUCUUUUAUCCUGAACAGCUUGCCUGUUAAUUACACUAGGGAGAAUGAUUCCCUUACUGAAAAGAUUGCCUGUAAAAAGAGAAACUUUCCUCCUCCUGCCCCUACCUGAACCCAGAGUUCUGUUCUCUCAGUAAACGUGUAUUUUCAUG